AUGGUACGUGUGCAGGCUGCCGGAGUGAAGCGCCUUCUUUUUUGUGGUGUUGGUUGCCAAGUGCAAGCACUAAGAUCUGUGGAGAAAUAUCUUGGUUUGGAAAAGCUUUAUGUACUUGGCACAAAUUGUGUGGACAAUGGAACUCGCUCAGGUUUAGAUAAGUUCUUGAAGGCCGCAAGCAGUGAUCCAGAAACGGUUAUGCAUUAUGAGUUCAUGCAAGACUAUAAGGUUCACUUGAAGCAUUUGGAUGGCCAUAUUGAAGAGGUUCCUUACUUUUGCCUACCAGCAAAUGAACUUGUUGAUGUCAUUGCUCCAUCUUGUUACAGCUGCUUUGACUACACCAAUGCAUUGGCGGACCUGGUGGUGGGAUACAUGGCAGUGCCCAAAUAUUCUGGAUUAAGCAUGACAGAACACCCACAAUACAUUACUGUCAGAAAUGAAAGAGGACGGGAGAUGCUUAACCUAGUUGAGAAUCUUUUGGAGAUAACUGAUACAACCAGCAGUGGAAGCAGAAGACCGUUUGUUAUGGAGACGGUUAAUGCAGAUGAUAAAGCCAAGUUAGGAAAAGGUCCCUCUCAGCAAGUUCCUCGAUUCAUUGGCAAUUUGAUUGCAUUCAUGUUAAAUUUAAUUGGACCCAAAGGCCUUGAAUUUGGUCGAUAUUCUUUGGAUUACCAUACAAUAAGAAACUACCUGUAUGUAAACCGCCAGUGGGGAAAGCAAAGAGCUGAAAGACACAUGCCGUCAUAUGCAAAGAAAAUUGUGGAAUUGUAUAAUGCAGAUGGCCGUAUAGAUAAAAUGCUUUCAAAGACAUCGAAUUAGGAGGAUCUGUGUUGCUGAAAGGUUUGAAGACCGUUAGCUGCAUAUAGUGAGAGGUUGAUACUAUUUCUUUGUUGUCUGAAGUUCAGAUUAGCCUUCCAAGUUAGGUAAUUUUUGCAGGACAUUUCUCUUGCUAAUUUUCCUUGUUGAUGGGCCAGGUUAGAGAGUGGCUGAAGGAUUGAAGUGCUUGAUAGGAAGAUAAUUUUAAUAUGUUUGAUUGUGAUUUUACUUUCACUAUUUCUCACUUUCUGCUGAAAUUUUAAUGGUUAUAUUCAUGGAAUUUGUGAGCUUUGAUGUUUGUGUUAGUUUCUAGAAAAUGUUGAUAUCUA